UUUUUUUCUCCUCGCGUUAGAUGGCCGCCAUAUUGUGCGACAUGGCAGCAUCAAUGUGAUCGCCGUGCGAGAGCUCGGACUGCCCCUGCGUUUUUCUUUUCCGUUUCUUCAGAACGGUCGGCCGUGUGAAGUUUUAUUUUUAUUCAUUCAUUUCGCCCGAGAAGUGCGCGGCUUCUCAGCUGCGGGCCUUCGUCGUCGCCGAGAGAGAGGGAGUCUGUGUGUGUGUGCGUGUGCCGAUGCAAGAAACUGUGCGCGGCGGCGUCCUCCGAAAUUUCUCCUCGUGGACGAUAGCCCCGUAAUGGGUUGCGAGGCGGCAGCAGCAGCAGCAGCGGUGGCGCUAGGCCUAGCGUGUUGCUGCCCCGUACCGGAAAAGUCUCUGGUUCCUCCGCCGUCGUCUUGGUGUGACCGCGCCGGCAUCGUGAACGUCGUCGGCGCCGCCGCCGUCCGCACCGGAUCUGCCGCCAUCGGUGUGUGCAUGUGAGCCGGUGUGAUUCGCGUCGUCGCCCCCCCCUCCCGACACCCCUCCCGAGUGCUUCAAUCUCCCGGGAGCCGCUAGACAGUUGUUUCAAACCUGGAUGACGACUCCGAGGCCACCGCAGAGGCCCUACUCGCCUUGGUGGGAUAAUAAUGCCCGUGCGCGAGUCUCCAGCGCUGGAUCGCACCGGUUUGUUGCUGCGACGACCGCGCGAAGGGCGACUGUGGUGAAGAUACGCCGACUCGGCCGCCUGCCUAGGUAGGUAGGCUCACAGAGGCACAGUAAAGUUGCGCCCUCUCACAGUCGCCAUGUCCAGUGUGCGGACACCUCUGCAGACCGUCCAUGAGUCGGUCACGACCGACCAGGGCCCAAUUUUUAAGUCUCCUAAACUUCCUACGGGAGAGGAGGUGUCGGUGCUUGCGCCACGCACGACGUCGGCGCCGCGCAGCCGCACCUCCGAGGAGCCGCACAUUGGCCGCUACCGACUGCUCAAGACUAUUGGCAAGGGAAACUUUGCCAAGGUCAAGCUGGCCAAGCAUGUGCCCACGGGUAAAGAGGUGGCCAUCAAGAUCAUCGACAAAACCCAGCUGAACCCGUCAAGUCUGCAGAAACUUUUCCGAGAGGUUCGCAUCAUGAAGAUGCUCGACCACCCAAACAUAGUCAAGCUGUACCAGGUGAUCGAGACGGAGAAGACGCUCUAUCUGGUCAUGGAGUACGCCAGCGGCGGCGAGGUCUUUGACUACCUCGUGGCCCAUGGCCGCAUGAAGGAGAAGGAGGCGCGCGCCAAGUUUCGCCAGAUUGUGUCGGCCGUCCAGUACUGCCACCAAAAGCGAAUCAUCCACCGCGACCUCAAGGCCGAGAACCUGCUUCUGGACGGCGAGAUGAACAUCAAGAUCGCCGACUUUGGCUUCAGCAAUGAGUUUGUGCCUGGCAUGAAGCUGGACACGUUCUGCGGCAGCCCGCCGUAUGCUGCACCAGAGCUCUUCCAGGGCAAGAAGUACGAUGGGCCCGAGGUGGAUGUUUGGAGCCUGGGUGUCAUCCUGUACACGCUGGUGAGCGGGUCGUUGCCCUUUGACGGGGCCAACCUGAAGGAACUGCGCGAGCGGGUGCUGCGGGGGAAGUACCGAAUCCCCUUCUACAUGUCCACUGACUGCGAGAACCUCCUCAAGAAGUUCCUUGUCCUCAACCCAGCCAAGCGAGCCACGCUUGAGGUGAUAAUGAAAGACAAGUGGAUGAACAUAGGCUACGAAGACGAUGAGCUAAAACCUUACUUGGAGCCUGAGACUGACUUAGGGGACUCCAAAAGGAUAGCUCUGUCUUCCCGCGCAGAGAUCCUGAUGUCGAUGGGAUACAGCCGGGAUGAGAUAGAGGAUUCCCUACGCAACAGGAAAUAUGACGACAUUAUGGCCAACUACCUGUUGCUAGGAAAGCGGACCACUGAGAAUGAAAGCUGCGAUUCGAGGUCUAGUUCCAGCUUAUCCCUUCGGACAUUGAGGCCCAGCGGUGUGGAAGCGGCAGCCGUGCCCUCGGCGCCCAACCAGUCCCCCUCCCACGUCAAGGUGCAGCGCAGUGCCUCGGCCACGGCCAACAAGCCGCACCGCAGGCUCAGCCACGGCGCCACCGAAUCGGGGGCUACCACCCAGGCGGCAACCCCCAGCGCCGGCACCCCGGCGGCCGCAGGAGGGGGAGCGGCUUACAAGCGGCAGAACACGGUGGACGUGCCCCGGGAGAGCCCCGGCUCUCCCCGGGCAGCCCCCAAGACGGCCCUAAAAAAAGCGGGCUCGGGUGGCACCACAGCGCCGUUGGCCUCCUCGGCCACCAACGCGACGAGCAGUCCCUCCAAGGCAGCGGCGGCGGUAGCCGUGCGCAAGGCCCCCAACUCGGCGCCCAACUACAUCAAGGCGAACUUGAGCGGCAUACCCCGGCGCAACACCUACAACUACGCCGAGGCCAAGGCCGGAAGCCCUGCCACCAUCGACGCACCUGCCAGCAACAGCUCACUGCUGGAGGAGGUUGGGGGCGGGGCGACGCCAAUGCGAGCCCGAGGUCACACCAAGUCGGCCUCGGUGUCGUGCACCGGCCGCUCCUCCGACCUGGUGCCUCUCUGCCCCUCCGACCCGCUCAGGCCGCCCAGUGCGGGAGGGGCCAAGAGCGGAAGCGGGGCCGUGCAGGGCAGCCUGGCGGCGUCCCCGCUGCCGUCGCACACGAACCGGCCCUUCCCUAGGGGGACUGUGAACCGCAGCACCUUUCACAGCGGCCAGACGCGCCGCACCUACAACGGACCGGGCUCGGGGGGCUCGGGCCUGCCCCAGCAGUCACAGGACACGUCCAGCGUCUCGGGAAGGCAGUCCUUCUUCAGCAAGCUCUCCUCCAAGUUCAGCAAGAGAACUGAUUUGCCAAACAAUAUUGCUGCCAGCUACAAUGCUACACCACCACCUUUGCCACGAGAGCUUAGGACAAGGACAAUGAACGAAGAGCAAGUUAAGCCCCGGUCACUGCGUUUCACCUGGAGCAUGAAGACGACGUCAUCGAGGGACCCCGCCGAGAUCAUGCAAGAGAUCCGCAAAGUCCUCGACAAGAACAACUGCGACUACGAGCAGCGCGAGAAGUUCCUGCUGUUGUGCGUGCAUGGCGACCCCAACACGGACUCGCUCGUCCAGUGGGAGAUCGAGGUGUGCAAGCUGCCGCGGCUGUCGCUCAACGGGGUGCGCUUCAAGCGCAUCUCGGGCACCUCUAUUGGCUUCAAGAACAUUGCCUCCAAGGUGGCCAACGAGCUCAAACUUUAAUGACUCUGUCCACCGCCGUGUGGUAGAAGAAAGAAAAGCUCUGCUGCUGCUGCCGCCGCCACUGCUUUGGGCACGGCGGUGGCGCUCAACUUGCCUCUUCGCCCCGACCCCCGGUGGCACUUGCAACCUGCGGCAAGACAUCCCGCUGCAACGACGUCUAGGUGUACUUUGUGUGCGGGGGCUUGGCUUGGCUCUGUUCCUGCUUGACAUUGACUUUUUUUUUUUUUUUUACAUUUUGUGUUGCACUCGCAAGAAAGGGAUUACGCAUAGCUUGUACCAUUUCCCCCCCCCCCUCUCCUUUUUUUUUUUCUUCUGCGUGUUCAAGAUGUUCAUUGGUGAGGGGUGAGGCAGGGUUUUUAUUGUGCCGCCAGCGUGGAUUUGCAGCACGCUUCAAGGCAACAAUGUCGUCUUCUGAGCCUUGGCGGGCUCUCAACGAGCUCUCGUCUUGCUCAGACGGGCACGAAUCGAAGCAGCGUCGUAGCCCUUUUGCCAGGGAGCAGGGGGCACCGUUGGCGACGCUCCUUCCCCAACGAUGAAGAGAAGGCAUACGUCACAAAGGACAGGUGUGCUGCACCUGUCCCCACUUUUUCGAGUGUCGCGCUGGCAGAAAGUACUGAACUGUGUUGUACUCCCCACCCGACCCUCUUUGCGCCUUGCCUCCUCCCAAACCAACGAUUCCCUGCGUUAACGGACUCGAGGCUGGAUGUGCGUUUAAGUGUGUGCAUGUCAUGACUGAUGUGUGUGUAUGUGCAAUUUUUUUUUUUUUUUUACUUAGGCCCACCCCACUUUCUUUUUUUUUUUCUUAUCUUGGAUGUAUGUGUAUAUAAGAAAGCAACGAGGUUGACAUGAGCAUGACUGGCUGUUGUUGUUUGUGAUUGCGUAGCGGCAAUUUCUGGCUCUCCUCUGUGGACACCAAAUGAUGCUGCUGAGAGCCUCGCGGUUCACACACCACGUGAACUCGAGAUAACGGUCAUUUAAAAGUGUUCAGGCCACAUUCGUAACAGGAACACAGCAGUUGCUUGCCCAAGGCUCUCUGCGCAUGCGCUGCCUCAGUGGUAUUGAGGCCCUGAGGCAGCUGCCACAGGCGGGACGCUGGUCUUUUUGCGUUUUUCCUUUUCUUCGGUGUUCACAUCAUUCACCCAUUGGCCAGAACGCCCACUCUCGAGACAUAUUUGGAACCUUGGCAGCACUGCGUAGGCUCUUGACAGGCAUUUUAGAGACAAGGUUUCCUCCCUCAACAACCUGUCUCACUGAAUGUGACAGCGUACUAGCCCAGAGAGUAACAUUGGAGGAAGCCUGAAAAUUGCUGCGUUUCGACAACUAAGGUGAACAGAUGACAUGCUGUAUUUUUGUCGUUAAGGGAGGGAGGGGAGUUACACCACGAGGGAGACUGCAAACUAGGGAACUAAAUGUUAGGUGCACUCUCCACCCACCAUCUCAAGGUUACUUAUUUUUCGCUGUGUGCGAAGGCCCAUCAACACAUCGCGACCGAGAACAUCGGGUGCGCUCGCUUCAUUGCCUCGCGUUUGCUUUUUCUUUUUUUUUUUUCCAAGUCCACCAAGCAGGAAUCGUGCGUACCGCGAGACUUGAUUCAUUUCGACUAUUGCUUUUGACCCAGCGAAAGCGCGUGCUUGGCUCCGUUUUGCAUUUUUGUUGCCCAUCUUAGCGCACGGUGUGCGCAGCACUGCAGUGUCAUUUCAUAACCUUUUCAUCGAGGUCGCCGUGUCUUUCCAGCAUAGGCUCGGGGCACGGUGCUUCUUUUUCAAGACGGGAAGUGGUAAUGUGCGAUAGGUGGGAACAAGUUACUGCUGCAGAUGUUUAAUUAGUAAAGAAGCUGCUACGAAGCUCACAUCGAAUGCACUCCGUAUAUAGCAGUAUUGAGUUGUUCGUUCACUCCCCCAACCGAAUGAUUUGGGAAAUUUUUGCCGAGGUCACGCCAAGCAGCAAGGGAUGUGAGGAAGGAGUUAUACGUUUCGUUGUUAGGAGAACUUGUACUUUACUGUAGGCACUGAGAGAACGCCGCCCAUAGCUUCCGCCUCGGUUGGCAAACACCCCCGUUUUCCAGCCAGAGGGAGCUGCAACUUUUGUUAGAUGUUUACUUAGCUCAAGGAGUCCUAUUCGUUUCUCCCCCACUUUUUGUUUUUCGUCCUUGUCUAUCAAACAAACUGCGCCACUUAAAUGUGUCGAUCGCCGUUAGCCGCCUUGUACAUACGAGCAGCAUUCUUUUUCCCAGACGGUUCCUCCCUGUGUAAAUAGUGGGCAAGAAGACUUCUCAAAUGGGAGGGAAGGGGGGAGGACGCAACUGCAUUUCGUGCUAGAGUGCAGUUACCAGUGUUGGUGGUGCGAUGAGUUGACACAAUUUUUUGUUUUCACACACACACACAAACACACCAUUGUUUUAACAAGACAUGGCGCUUUAGUUAUUUUUCUUGUCCUAGUAGGCUGCUGCACGAACUGGACUUGUUGAUUGGCCCCCGUUUCUUUGCGAGAGAUGCUUUCAAGGCUCCGGCGGCGAACAAGAUGACGCGGGGUGUACAUAGCUGCCGCCCUGUAUGUGUUUCUUGGAGCGGCUGCCAUGGCGAAGUGUGACCAGUGCUAGCAGCUUUCCCAACCUUUUUUUUUUUUUAAUUUUCAAGGAAAUUGGUUAUAACUAGUUCAGUGUAAAUAUCUGGAGCUUUCAUAAUUACACAAGUAAGUGCUAGGGAAGUUUCUAGUGUAUAAUUUAUCUAAAAACAAAUAAAGGGUCCUUCAAGUACCUGU